AUGGCGGCGGCCUGGGGGUCCCUGUUACACGGGGUGGCAGAGGCCCUGGGGGCUUCGGAAGCGGCGCUUAGGCUCAUCCUUUCCAUCUUCAUCGGUGAGUGCGAGACAGGCUCUGAGUGUGAGUGUGAGAUCUAUGGGGAGAGUACAGGGGCUGUGUGAGUGUGACAGUGUGAGAGGAUCUGAGUAUGAGGGGAUCUGAGUAUGAGUGGCUGUCUGAGUGUGACAGUGUGAGUGUGGGGGGGCUGUCUGAGUGUGACAGUGUGAGGGGAUCUGAGUGUGAGUGGGUCUGAGUGUCUGAGUGUGUGACAGUGUGAGGUGUGAGUGUGAGGGCUGUGAGUGUGACUGGGUGUGAGUGUGAUCUGAGUGUGGGGUGAGUGAGUGUGGGGGAUCUGAGUGUCUGGGGAUCUGAGUGUGAGAUCAUGGGGGGAUCUCUGAGUGUGAGUAUGGUGAGUGGAUCUGAGUGUGGGGAUCUGUGUGAGUGUGAGUCUGGGGAGAUCUGAGUGGGGGAGGCUGUGUAGGGGGAUCUGAGUGUGUGAGUGAGUAUGGGGGGAUCUGGGAGUGUGAGUGUGAGGGGAUCUGAGUGUGUGGGGGGGGUGAGGGGGGUGUGACAGUGUGAGUAUGGGGGAUCUGAGUGGUAUGGGGGGAUCUGAGUGUGUAUGGGGGGUCAGUGUGAGUAUGGGGUGUGGUAUCUGCGUGUGUAUGGGGGGUAUGAGGGGGGGAUCUGAGUGGGACAGUGGGUAUCUUGAGGGGUCUGAGUAGGAGAGUGCGUAUGAGGGGAUCUGAUUGGGAGAAUGUGAGUAUUGUGAAAUGAGUGUGAGUAUGGAUGGAUCUGAGUGGGAGUAUAGGGGGAUCUGAGUGGGAAAAUGUAAGUAUGAGGGCUCUCAUUGGGAGUCUGGAGGGUUUUGACUGGGACAGUGAGUAUGGAGUGAUCAGAGUGGGAGUAUUGUGAAGUGAGUGUGGAGGCGUCUGAGUAUGAGGGAAUGUGGUGGGAAGAUCUUUAGUGGAAAUACCUGCUGCACAUAUUUAACCUCCCUUCUAGCAUAGUGAAACCUACUAUGUACACUCAAAUAUUGAUUUCUUAAAAUAUACAUACACUGUAUAACUACUACAUAUACUCCAGCAUAUAGAUGUUCUAAGUACACCUGUCUUUGCUUAAUAAAUACAUACAGUGUGUACCUGUUGCAAUCACUGUUCCUCCUUCUACUGUAUUGUAACCUGCAAAAUGUUUAGUACACCUGUGUGUGUGUGUGUGUGUGUGUGUAUAUAUAUAUAUAUAUUACACACAUAUUGCAUCUACUGUAUGUCUGCUAUACUAACCACCCCUCUCUCUACUUUAAUGUAAUCUUUAAAUUACUAAGAACACCUGUUACUUCUAUAUCAAUAAACUUAGAACCACUGUCUAUCAACUACUUUACUUACUGUAGAUCCCCUGUAAUGUAAUGCAAGGUGUAAAGUGCUAAUGUUGACACUGUUUGAUUUAAAUGUACAUAUAUUAAGGGAACACUCUGGGUACCAUAACAACUUGGAGGUCCUUGGUGCUUUCUUACCAUUAUGGGUUAUGAUUAACCCUAAAGUCUGUGCUUUAGCCCUGGAUCGCUUUGCCCCCCUAUCCUUCUGCUUUCCAAAAUUCUCCAUAAUGAAAGGCUCGGGCACACCAUGCAAUUAAUAAAGUUUAUUUCUUGGUUUGUAGAAAGUGCUCUUCUGAAAUGUUCAAUUCCUGCACUGAUUUCAUCAUUUUCAUUAAAGUGUGAAAUUUCUAUGUAAUAUAAUGUACGGGACAGAGGAGGGUUUAGUCUGUUCAGAGAGGAAUGGGAUGGGCUAGCGGGGAGGCUGUGGGCUCCUAGGGAUGUUUACAGUCAAGUUAAUGUGUGAUCUAACUAUCUUAAUGUCUCUCCAUAUCUCCCCAGGAUACCCUUUAGCCUUAUUCCAGCGAUACUUUCUCUUUAAGAAGGAGCCGUCUCAUAACCACCUGUUUAAUACUCUGACUGGACUAUGUAUCGCAUACUUCAAUUUCGGUAGGUCUUUCGGUUGAUAUGAACAGAGUUAUUCACUAAAGUGUGAACUUCCUGAAGUUCAAAUAUUAUUGCAAAAUAGUCCAAUUGAACACAUGGCUGACUUGGAGAAUUUUCCUAGUUUGGCUAUUUUGUAUUAACAUUCGAAAUUCACUUUGAAUAUCCAUAAUAUUAAUUUAGCAAAGCAGAAAUGUGGAAUCCUCUUUGAGGUCUGUUCAGGUGUCCGUGAACAAAAGGUCUCUGGCAGAGCAGUUGGCCACAAGGCAAAUACCUUGUGAAUUGGACAGGCAGCCUGAGGGGCGUGGCGAGCAAGGUGUUGCUGGUGACUGGUGCGUAUCCGGUAAACAGCUUCAGGCAGUGACAGACGACAAGGCUUUCAGCUCAUGUGUGGCCAAUAAAUUUGCACAUGUUGGGGUUAUGUGUUGCUGGGUAAUAACUCAAUUCUUUGUAUGAGUGACGUAAUCUGAGAAAACAAGUCCGAUUUGUUAGGUUGUCUAGGUUUAUUGCAUUCUGUAAAUGGUAAAAAUACUCGUCUAAUGGGUUCAAUCCCUCAUUCAGCGAUUACACUUUCAGGUCAGACUGUGAGAGAUUAAUCACCAAGACAAUUAAAUUCUUACCUUAGGGCACACAUACUUUCUAAAACAAACUGGUAUGUGUGCCAACUGUACCCUGAGUCACUGGCACACAGCUACUGGCACGUCUCCCAUUGUAACACCUGACUCUGGAAAAAGAGCAAAGCCCAAGUACUUGGUUCAAAGUGUGUGCAGCUGCUGGCAGUCACCCUCUUGUGGCCACUUAAAGAACGUCUACAAAUAGCCUAUAACAAACAUACUUUAAUUAGCCCUUUCCAUUUGCGGAAGGAAGGUGACAAUCGUAUGCAUUUUAUUUAGAUCUAUCCGGGCUUGGCUAAUAUUUUUAGAAUGGUGGUAAAGAGGCGUGAGAGCUGGCAGUGUACUUUAUUUGAGUAAUACUGUAAUUAUAGAGCUCAGCCCAACUUCAACGUUGCUUAAUCUUUUCCCGGCAGGGCCACAUUCAUCUUUGCUUCUCAUUUAAGUUGAAGAAGAAAGACCUACUUGCACAGUAUGUACAAUUCUUAUAGGUAGUGACAACUGCUGUAGAAAACCAGAAUGUGCACCAACACUUAAUUUUUUACACUGACAAUCCUUGAUAUUCCCUAAAUAUACUUAUUUGAUAGUAAUGUAAUAAUAAAUAUUGUCAAUUCUUUUAGCUGCUACCGCACUUCUUGUACACCCCUCCAAAAUAACACAGAUCAAAACAACCUUUGUGUCCACUUCUGUUUACCUGUAGUUCAAACUUGAUGAUUUUGUAUUUCUUCUGGAAAUAAGAGCAAAAAAAAUAAAAAAAUAAAAAUAUUUGACUCCAUCCACUAUUAGCACUUCUGCUUUUAGAAGUGGUUAUGGUGGUAGGAAUCUAUCAGGGCAGCCUUUGUGCUUGAAAGAGAAUGCACUUUUGUGCCGGGGCUCAUUACAGAGUUUCGGGCUGUCUAAUAUCAAUUAUGUGCAAAAAGUACUUUUGUUGUCAGUGUGCACUGCUCGUUGGCUACAGUUAUCUGCUUCUAGCAUUGCAGACAGCACUGGGAACGCGUCUGCAAGGCUUAGCCUGGAUCUCCCCUUCCUCCCUCUCCCAAUUAUUUUUUAAACCAGCAAGCAAACACUGUUAAACAAACAAACAUACAAACCAAGAUAAAGCAACAAAAACUUUAAAAAGAAUGUUAUGCUUGUAAACCUAUUGCAUUGAUUUCCGAAGCUAGAAGAGUUUCUUCAACCGUCCCCCAGCCCCCGUUUUCCACCCAGCUCAGUUUCAGACCAGUCCACUAAUGACAGAAAUUAGGCAUAAUUGUGUAGCAGCAGGAGCAAGAAACCAGACACCGUAGCCUGCUCUGCAUGGUUACACUGAACAGACUUCAUUCACCUGUCAGGGUGUAGCAAGCUGAAGCAAUCUUACAACUGUAAAUCUGUCAGACCUGCCCAAUGUACUUUUUCAGCAUUCCUAGGGAUAGGACACAAAUUGGUUAGGUCAGUUUCCCCCCUGGACUGGGUGUGGAAAGCAUAAGAAAGGAAAACAGAUAACCAUAAAAAAAUAAAUCAUAUUUACCUGUUUUGUUUCAGACUGCUGAGUUCGGCAACUGUCUCAUUCAAAGCUAACGCUUUUGAAUGAGACUGUUGUCUCAAAGUGAUUCAUGUCCCUUUAAUGACAGUGCCUUUUUUUUUUUUUUUCCUAAUGUCCUUCCACAUUCCCUGUCUACCCACCCCGCCUCAGAGCACACACAUGUGGUCUGAGCUGGUGAGAAUUGUCCAAUCAGAUGCUCCUCUGAGUGUUUCAUUGGACCGGAGAAGGAGUGAUGUCAGAUGGUGCGUGAAGACCAGUGAGGGGAGCUUUGCUUGGAACAGUAUUCCCGGAAAAGUUAACUCUUUAGAGAUUUUAUUUUUAAUUGGGAGGGGAGCAAGUAAAUAAUGCAGGACAUUGUACAUUAAAAAAAAAAAAAAAAAAGUUUAGUCACAAAGAGUUGGAGUAACUCUUUAAAGGAUCAAUAUAGGGUCAGGACCCUGUAGUGUUAAAAACACUAUUGAGGUAUCUGGCUCCCCUUAUCGCCCUUAAAUAAGUUAAAACUUACCUUUAUUCCAAUGCAGCACAACGUUUCCCACAGGAAAGCAUUGGAUUGGCUGAGAUCGUCGAUUCUGAUGAUCUCAGCCAAGGAUGUGAGGUGGGGGCAGAGCCAAAUGCCGCCCUGUCCAGUCAGCAUCUCCUCAUAGAGAUGCAAUGAAUCAAUGCAUCUCUGUGGGAAUGCUCAGCUUCUACAUGAAUGUCUGUGUCAGGGCACUGAAAAAGGCAGUGUGCACAUUAGAAACCCUGCAGGGACAUACUAUACCCACCAGAACAACUACAUUAAGCUGUAGAUAUUUUGGUGUCCUUUUAAGCAGACGUUCUUAGUGAAGAAAUAGGAAUCCUGGAAUUCUAUGAAAAAGAGACAUUCAGAGUUUCUUCCACGUGUAAUUUGAGUUUUGGCUGAGCACACAAUGCAAUGCUUUGAGAUCCAUUGUGCAUGUUAUGAGUAUUUAUCGUGUAACUCAAUGAAAAACCUUCUAUUCAAAUAUGUUUUGAUCUGUACAAUUCUAAGCAGCUUCACCACAAUGUGCAGAUCUGUCAUAAAAGGCAAGAACUGCACCAUUUUGUUUUACCUGAAGAACAAAAGGCGCUGUGUAAAUGCAAAUCUGCUUAUGCAAAAUAUUACUGAGCUGUUUAAAUGGCCUAACUAUUCUUGCUAAGUUUUUUUCUCUUUGCCCUCUUUCAAAUUUUGCAUAGCACUUCGUGUUUAACCCUCUCUACUCUGACAGGCACAGAGAUUAUUUUGGAAUCUGUCGGGUUAUUCACUAAAGGGUGAAUUGCAGAGAGUUCAAGUUGAAUUAAAAAAAUUAAGGCCAAAAUAACUAAACUGGAAGUCCGAUAAGGAUUUAAUAUGGCUAUUUUGGCCUUGCCUUAAUUAUUUGCUUUGAAUUCCUGACAUUUCACACUUGGUCCAACCAUAGACACCAAUGUUUGUUAUAAAUUCGCCGUGUCCCUUGGCAUAAGGAAAAUGAUAAAUUCCUAGCUCUGAAUCUAAAAAGACAUGAAGGCUACUCUCUUCAUAUGGGCAAGCACACACUAGCAAGUGUGUGUAUGUGUGUAUAUAUGUAUAUAUAUUCUAGCAUGAUAUCUGGAAACCCUGACCGGCACAAUAUAUAUUGGGGAAGGGGCACUAAUGCUGGUUUAAAAUAUAUAUGCAGGUGCUGACAUGAAGUAUAGUGUAUGGCUCAACAAAUCCCAGGUGCCAUGGCGACUAGAAAUUUUGUCCUGGCACCUGGUAUGUGAAGCCCUUUAGCUAUAGGCGAGAUGGGGGAACAAUGGAGCCAGCCGGUCAUCUUAGGGAGUGUGGAGGUGGCUGGCUCAGAGAGUUUGGAGGCGGCUGCCCUGGGGAUAUUGGAGGCGGCCGUCCUGAGGAUACAGUUACCACCUUUUGUUGAAAAAAAUACUGGCCAUUCUAAUUUGCAUAAUUAAUUAUAUAUGCGUGACAUCACAGGGCACGACAUACAUAAAAGAAUGAGAACAUUUGGAAGUAGAAAAUUACCAAAUUUACUAAUAAACUAUUUACAAUGUUUGUACUUUGUCUGACUGUGUGUAUAGCAUUGUAAAUGUGAGGCAGUGUGUGUGUGUAUGUAUGGUCUGUAUGAGUGUGUGUGUGUCUACAAUGUCUGUGUAUGUUAUUGUGUGUAUGUGUAUAAAGUAUAUAACAAUGUGUGUACAUACCAUUUAUAUCUUGGAGGCGGCCGCCCUGGGCUUCAUGGAGGCGGCAGGCUGGGGCAGCGCGCAAGGAAGCGGUGAUCUUCCUGCAGCUCCUCUGCUCCCUCACGCUGUGUAAUGAUGCCCGGAGCCAGAAUAUGACGUCAUUCCGGCCCUGGCAUCACUACAGACAGUGCGAGGGAGCAGAGCGGAGCUGCAGGAAGAUCACUGCUCACUCGCACACAGGAAUAGCAGCCCCACUGGACCCCAGGGAAAGUCCACUCGGCUCUCCCAAAGGUAGGGAGGCUGGCUGAAUUAAAAUUAAAAUGGAAAAUGUCAAUUUGUGUGUGUAUGUAUGUCAAUUUGUGUGUGUGUCUGUAAGCGUGUAUAGGUGUGUGUAUAGGCACCCCUCCAAUCACGAGAAAGGUGUUUUCUUUUCCACGCCGUGCCAGCUUUCCAUGGCUUGUCCUGCCUUCGUGGCUGAGAAUCAAUCUUUAAGAUCUCAGCUAAAUCAAUGCGUUCCUAUAGGAAAGCUUUGGGAAGAUAUUGUGCAUGUUAUCUAUGGGUAACAUUCAGCACCUCCAUCCAGAGUGUGGAGACGCUGCACACUGUGCAGCACUGACACAAGACUCUAGUGGCCGUCUGAGUGACUGUCACUAGAGGUGUUACUAGACAAAAAUGUAAACACAGCCUUUUCUCUGAAAAGGCAGCAUUUACAUUGAAAAGGCUACAGGGACAGGCUAUAGGCACCAGAACAACUACAUUAAGCUGUAGUGGUUCUAGACUAUAGUGUCCCUAUAAGAUUUGUAUAUUUCUCGUAAAUUAAACUUUGCCGGUUUUAAAAAAAAAACAAAAACGUUUUUAGCUGGCUCCUUGAUUCUAAACAAAUUUCUCAAGCCCUGGUGUAUAUAAUACAAAACAUUAUUAAAAUCUUCGUAAUAUGAAAGGAAUGUUCUAUUUCUAUUGUCUCCUUACGUAGGGUCUCAGAUGUACCAUUCCUUACUUUGCGUCGUCCUGCACUUUCUUAUGCUGAGGCUCAUGGGAAGGACCAUAACUGCAGUAUUGACUAGCUUCUGCUUUCAGAUGGUGAGUAAAAUUUAUGGGUAAGGAUCCUAGCUAAAUUAAAUCCUGUCUCAACAAGUGAUAAUAUAUAAUACAUAAUAUAAUGGUCAUAAUCUGUGCUAUCAAUGCCUAUCAUUCUAUCAUCAGGCAUUUUUUUGUAUUAUAAUUUUUUUACAAUACCGUCCAUUUGUAAUUUUUGGGUGUUAUUUGCCUGCUAUAGCUGACUUUACAGUUUUGCCUGUGAUAAACGUUUUAGGUUUUGUGAUUUCCUGUUCCUUUAGCCACAUGGGACCUGGGCACAGUGAAGGCUGUAAUUGGAGUGGGAGGAGUUGGAGUGGGAGGAGUACUCUCUUCUUAUACUCUUAGGAAGAGAGCUUACGACUGUCCGCUAAAUAUAGAUGCAGCGUUGUGGCUGCACUGUAUAGUUACAAAGUGUAUGAGGUCUCUAUAGGAAACUCUACAUGAAUAUCACGUGUUGCAUCAAAUCCAGUCCCAUAAAACACAGCAAACACCAGUGUCAGGUUUAACAUUAAAUGAUUGUCUCGCCAGAGGCAAGUGUUGCUCCAAUUACUGUUAAUCAUAACCCAAACCAGAAAUAAUGUGGAAUAUUCUUAAUAAAAUAAAAAGACGUUGGUUAGCUGUUUCUCAUACAGGUGAGCCAUCAUAGUCCUGUUUUCUAAUUGGCUACACAGGAAGUGACCUCAUAUCAACAUGAUCAUAUCAAAAUGAGAAGGUCGCAGAUUAGACCAGAUGUCUCCGUAUAGGGUCACUCAUAGGGUUAUUCACUGACUCCGUAGGGACUUUACGAAGGAUUUUCAGAUUGUAGCCAAUCUGUUACAUAUGUUAUUUUUAUGGCAAAAUCACACAUCUGUACUGUAAUUCCCUGCAGGUUUUCUAUAGUUCUAGACCAUAAGCCUUGCUGUUCUCUUGUGCGUUUAUUCACUGAAUGUCACAUUUCGUCAGUAGAUUGUCUAUUUUAGCCUUUAUUUUGCCUUCAGGUCAUUCUAAAAAUGUUAUGUCUGCACUGUUGUACCUUCAUUUUUCAGAGAUUCACACCUUACAAAUGUUUGUACCGCUUUUGCCAGUGUUUGACUGAAGUUGGUUACUUUUUUCAUAGCCAGCCUAUGUAACAUUGUCAUUGAAAUAUGUUCUGUAUUUUAUCUUUGAAAUCACUGUGAAAGUUUUGACUUAAAAUGAAAAUGAUUGAUUUAUAUAGCGCCAGCAUAUUCUGCAGCGCUGUAUAAUAGGUAAACAAGACAAACACUAAAACCUUGACAUACUGGAACAGUAGGCGAAAAGGGCCCUCUUCGAACAAGUUAACAAUCUGUAAAAUUAAUCUAAAUGUAAAGUGAAAUAAACGCAAAUGAAAUAUUAGAGCAUUUAAAAUCUGUCUGCAUUUUGUAUUCACAGACAUAUCUACUUUGUGGUUACUACUACACAGCCACGGAUAAUUAUGAUAUCAAGUGGACAAUGCCACACUGUGUACUCACACUCAAGCUUAUAGGUAGGUAUGCUCCUUUUGAAUACAGUGGAUGGGAGGCGGGAGAUGUUGGUGGAUGUAGUGCAUAUGGAUCGGUGAAGGGCUUGUGUUGAAGAGAAGUUGAAUGAAUGUGGCAGGAGAGGAUUUGUUUAGGGAAACUGGGGUUUUGAAGCAAGGGUAAGGAGAGGAGGUGGGUGGGAGGAAAUACUGGAGAGAUUGAGAUAUGGGACAGUGGUGACAGUAGAGGGUUUGAAUGUGAGGACGGGGGAGAUCAGCUGGGCAGGAGGAAGAUGGUGGGAUAAGUUUUGGUGUGAAGGGGUUUGGCUGGAGUAGGAAUAGAUAGGUUUAUAUAGCAGCAAUAAGUAAUGGAUGGGUAGGGGAGCUUUAUUUGGAUUUAUGGAGACCAUAGCUCUGUGUGGUUGAUCAGAAUAAAAAAUGUUAAGGUUUACAGGCUGCGUAAUAAAUAUUGUGCCAUUCCCUGUUCCUCUCAUUCCUCUAGGUCUUGCUUUCGAUUACUAUGAUGGAGGAAAAGACAAGGUGAGUGGCAUGUUUAAGCCUGUGGGUUUGUAGCGGCAUAUAUUUGUCACUGUUCCAAGUUCGGCUUCACCUGCAUUUACUUUGAGAUAAAGUGAAGCUCCGUAAUCAUCGUGUUUAACAGAUCUUGUCCUGGCUCUGUACCAGUUUAACAUUUUCCGCCCCAAGGCAAAAAGAUCUCUUUCUGUUACAGCCCAAGUUCUGCCUAAUCUCUGGAAAGCAGCCAGUUACUGUUUCUGUAAUGUUACCUGUAACUUGUGAGUCUCAUGACAUGUAAUUUGUCUGUUUGGCACAGUGACCCCUGACCCAUUCAAUCCUGUUUAUUAAAUAUUGAUAUGUGACAGCAGGUAAUACUGGUGAUAACAUAGAGAUUGGACACCAAAGGGCAAUGAUCACAAAUGUUUUUCAGCUCGAGAGCCAAAUCAGCAAAAAUCAAGUAACUGAACUAAAGGUGCCAAGAAAAAUUUAUUUUUUACUCUCAUUUUCUUAGAUCCCUCUUCCUUUUCUGCAUUGUCAUCUCCCAUAUCUUCCCUGAUUUCCUUCUCUCAUAUCUUCAUGCUUGGACGUUUCUUCACCCCCUUGGUGCCAUACUACUUUUAUUUAUUUAUUUAUAUAUAUAUAUAUAUAUAUAUAUAUAUGUAUAUAUAUAUAUAUAUAUGUAUAUAUAUAUGUAUAUGUAUAUGUAUAUAUAUAUAUGUAUAUGUUUCUCUACUUUCUUCAUCAGUAUUCACAGUCCAGGCUGCAUCUCUUUUAACUUGCUCCUUCUCCGUUCCUACUCGUUCCAUUUUAGUAUUCACUCUUUACCCCUAUUUCUGAUCUUUAACAUCAGUCUUUUUGGUGAGCUAUCCCUUUCCAAGUGUGGUUCUUUCCUUCUCAAUGCUUCUGUAUUGUAUGUGGUUUUUGUGCAUUAUGUGCAAGGGUACAUCCAGAUGAUGUCAUGGGAAAUUAUGGGCCCCAGGAUUAAUGCCUGUCUUGUAAGCAACACAGAGUGGCACCUCUAAAGCUUCUAAGUUGACUAUCACUGCUAUUACAGUGCCCCCAACAUCCAUCUGUCAAUAUCUCACUUCAUGCAGAGAACAGCAACUUAGUUACACACUCCCCCAAUAUAUUUCCAAGAAUGUGAAAGUGCUGAGGAUCCCAGUGACAGCGGUUAAUUUCACGUGCUGUGACUGGUUUUCUGGUCAAUGUCAAUGAACCUCGAUCUCUCUCGUUGGCAGAGUUCUCUUACACCUGAGCAGCAGCGUCACAUUGUACCCAGAGCCCCUACAUUUCUCGAGGUUUGCGGGUUCUCCUAUUAUUAUGGAGGAUUCUUAGUGGGACCGCAAUUCUCCAUGUGCAGUUACCUGAAGCUAGUGAAUGGAGAGCUGACUGAUGUCGAAGGGCAAAGGCCGAACAGGUAAGAUUGGCAGUUAUUAGGAGGCUUAAUUGAUCUCCUGUUGAUUUUGCCUGACUCCUGUCCUCUUUCUUUGUAGUAUCAGACCAGCUAUGGAGCGGCUUUGCCUUGGACUCUGUACCUUGACUAUAUACACAGUGUUUGGGCCAUACCUUCCGGAUAGCUACUUCCUGAGUGAAGAAUAUGCGGUGAGCAUCACUGUAAUUGGUAGGAGUAAGAGUGAUCUUGAAUGAUAUUCUGUCAUGAAGAGUCUGUAGAGGCUGACCUUAUCCUAUAGUUGCUGGGAAUUGGGAGCAGACAUAGUCUGUCAUGCUCUCUGGGAAAUAAAUGCAGUCAUGUCUGCUGGGAAAUGGGCAUGGUAUUCAAUACAUAAAAAAUUAAUACAUUUUAAUAAUUGAUAAAAUGAAAGGAAAUCAUCCAUUCCUUCCAUCUAUUAAGUUGUUUACCAGUUUAAAAAACUGUACACGGGACCGUGGGAGGAGACAUUAUCUUGUGGCGUAAUAAUCUGUAGUGGGAGAAGCCAUACCUUUUUAUUUAACUUUUGAUUUUUGAAUGCUUGGAUCCUGUAAAUGCCUCAGUAUAUUUCCUUUCUAACUUCCUGUUUCUUUCUCCCCCCACCCCCAAUAUGUCUUUCAGAACCAGCCUUUCUGGUACCGCUGUGUGUACAUGACAAUCUGGGGUAAAGUAAUGCUGUAUAAAUAUGUGACCUGCUGGCUGGUGACGGUAAGUAACCAAUGAGAGUGAUGUUACCUACCUGGUGUGGUAGUGCUUUAAACAUGUUAUUGCAUUUUGACCAUGUCACUGCCGUUUAUAUUGCUUCUCUCUUCCUUUUCUGCCCAUCAGGAAGGGGUCUGCAUUCUGUGUGGUCUGGGGUAUAAUGGGAAAGAUGAACAGGGUCAGCAUCACUGGAAUGCAUGCGCCAACAUGAAGGUGUGGCUUUUUGAGACCACGCCCUUAUUCACCGGAACCAUUGCCAGCUUCAACAUCAACACCAAUGACUGGGUUGCUAGGUGAGAUGUUAGGAGACUUGUCUGAGAGAUAGAGUGCUGCUCUGUAGUGACAUUUGACACUUUUUUUCUGGGAAUCUAUGUUUAAACCUUUUUUUUUUAUUUUUUUAUUUUAUUAUAGAUAUGUUUUUAAACGUCUCCGCUUCCUUGGCAACAAAGCAAUCUCUCAGGGAUCUGCCUUGUUUUUCCUGGCAAUAUGGCACGGUUUGCACUCCGGAUACCUAGUGUGCUUUGCACUUGAGUUUCUCAUUGUCACAGUGGAAAGAAAGGUCAGAGAGCUUGGCAUGAUUUGCUGAAUUACCCCUCAGUGUUAGAUAAUAUAGCGAGAGGCCUGUGAUAGAGACCUGAUAUAAUUGUUACUUUACAUAGUGUAUAAGCAUGUCUCAUGAUGUCCGUUUCCCCAUCCUUGCCUUUUUGUAGAUUCCUUAGUUCCAUGUAAUCCCCAUCCUUUUCUCCUUAGGCGAUGGAUCUGGUGAGGGACAGUCCGCUACUUACCAGUAUAUGCUCCAAUCCCGUCUUGUAUCCGUUCCUGUACAUUGCACAACAAAUCUUCCACUGGCUCUUCAUGGGAUAUCCAUUGGUGCCAUUCUGCCUUUUCACCUGGGACAAAUGGCUCAAGGUAAACUGGGCAACUGUUAUGCAACAAUUUGCGUAACUUUCACUUUCUAUACCCCACUUGUCAUUCAUUCCUUGUCUUAGGUAGAUGGCACUUAUGACUUUGUUCUUGGGUUCUCGCAUCCUUCUCAAACAGCAUUACAUUUGUCGAUGCCUUGUUAGCUUUGUAUGAAAAGAUAACCUUUGAGUUUAUCAGUGAAAUGUAGUGUGGAAAAUGGGGCCGGUUUCCUCGAUCAUUCAUUUCCUUUUAGCUGCCGAAAUAAAAAAAUCAUUUGUGGGCAUCCUUGGGUUAACUGCUGCUUGUGAGCUCGAUCAUUUUUGUUGAUAAGUGGACACACUUGUGGUCUACAUUGAGUUAAUUUACUCUUGUAACCUUUCUAAACCCAUAGCCUCUAUGUUAAUUGAACUCCUUUUUUUCUGUCUUCCAGGUGUACACAUCGGUCUAUUUCAUAGGCCAUGUAACAUUCAUAUUGCUGCUCAUUGUGCUGCCUUAUCUGCGCACUAUCCUGGUGCAAAAGAAAGACAAGCUGCAGAAAUCCCACUGAUAGUACUCUAUGGUGAGUGUCUUCUCACGAGAAGGUGGUGUCCUCCUCCAGUUCUGUCUCUACUGUCUCUUCAUCCUCCUCUUGUUCUUCAUUGACACUAAUUUAUUUAAGUUCUUAUUUGAUCUGUUUCCCUUUUCUUUUUCUUUUUUUUAUUAACUGUCUUACUUUGUUUGUGGUUUAUCUGCUUAAAGUGGAAUUGUCACUGUUGUAAAUGUGACAGUUCCUUCUUCCUUUACCCUGAAAAAGCUGUUAAAGUGUUUUUUAGUUGGGCGAGUAGUGCUGAGCAGACAAGUAAAAAAAUAAAAAAUAAAAAAAAAUGGAAACCGCAUUUUCCUCCACAGCAUUUUCAUGUUGGAGGUAAAAUACAAUGGUAACUACAGCGAAAACAUACACAUUUUGACAUAGUAAUAGCACCAUACAUGUACGUGUACCAGCACGUCCCAAGUUAAUUACAUGGUAUACGAUGGCUGUCCCCGGGCAACCAGGAAUACAAUGUAAACCUUACUUUUAAUUAGAUAAUGGUUUGUGUAAGAAUCUCAGUAGUGACAGUUCCACUUUAUCCCCCUUUGUCCUCGCAAAUUGUCACCUGUUUGUUUCCACCAUUUCUGUCCUUUCAAUCUAAUUUUUGUUUAAGCCGUCUUUCUUUAAUAGACUUUCCUUUUAUUUAACCAUUUGUCCACUGGCUGUUUUCUGCCAAUAAAGGCAGGUACAUUUAUUUAGUAAACUUGCCUGUUAGUGGAUUAUGCAGAGUGAAACUGGCUAACAUUCAGUGUUUGAUAAAUAGGCAAAUCCCUUGAGAUGAAAGAUUCACAAUAAAAAAUGACUGAUUUUAAAGCAGACACCAGAUGGUACUGAACGACAUAUACUCAUCUGGUUGAAAUGACAGAAUAUCAACAGAAUUUGCCUUCACUGAAAGUGAGUGUUGGAAAUCUACUAAUAUUCGGUCAUUUUGAUGGAACUUUGCUAAUCUAGACUUCAUUCGACCCACCACGAAUAAACUGUGAUAUGUUUCUUAUUUUUAUGUUUUAUGCACACAUUUAUUUACUAAACUAUAACUUGUCGGGAAUUAACAAACUUUAAUCCGCUGCAAAUUUUAAGGCCAGAAGGAUGAGCUGGAAACAUUUUUCUCAACUAUUUCUGUAUGCUGAGACUUCCUUCAUUUUAUUUUUGUGUUUGUCCUCUCUCCUUAGAUUGUAUGCUGCUCCUCGCCAGUACUCCAGAAAGCUCCUUCCAUGCUUGUUUGGAGGAUGAAGAUGAAGGAUGGGAGACCAGGGAGUUUACACUGCCAGGAAAUAAAAUUGCUGAUUUUUUUUUUUUUUUAAAUUAAAAACUAUUUGCAGUUGCUGAUAACCCUGAGGGAAAAGGGGUGUUGGGGGUCACCCUGUUUUUUUAGACUUUUCUACUGUCUGGGGUGUUUCCCAGACGAUCUACUUGAACUUUUUACGUUUCUGAAACCUUCUUUCUCACAGCACAGUUCAAGUCUGAAAGUGGCCGGCGACUAG